UAUUUUUAUGACCUUUUUAACUAUUUUUGGAUUUUAAUUUAUUAAUUAAGAGGUAUUUAAUUAGUUGUAAUUCCUUGAAAAGUUACUGCAUUUACUGUUUGUCGGAAAAAUGACGGAAAUUUUAUUUCAAUGUCUACUCGGAAUUCAAUGCAAGGACUUUGUUAUGGUCGCUGCUGACCAAACAUUGGCACAAAGCGUUAUAUUGUUAAAGACUGAUAGCAACAAAUUGCAUGAAGUAUCAGACAGAAUACUGAUCGGUCUGAACGGUAACCUGGGGGAUACGACGCAGUUCGCUCAGUUCGUAUCUAAGAACGCUCAGUUGUAUAGACUAAAGAACCAGUACGGAUUGAACACGGCCUGCGUUACACACUUCGCGAGAACCAACAUGCUAGAAGCGUUGCACAAAGGGACACCAAACAUGUUGAAUAUCGUGGUGGCGGGGUACGACGAUCAGGACGGGUGCCAGCUAUACACAAUGGAUUUCUUGGCGGCGUGCUUGCGCGUGCCCUAUGCCGCGCAUGGCCUCGGCGGAUACCUUAGUUGGGGCAUCCUCGACCAUUACUACAGACCUGAUUUAUCAGAGAAGAACGCGUACGAGGUGUUGAUGUGCUGCGUGCGGGAGGUUCAACUGCGACUGUUCAUGAACCUCGCCAACUUCCAGGUGAAGACCAUCACUAAAGACGGCGUCAAAGUACUGCCCACUAUCUGCUCCGCAUCUUUGCAGUGAAAUCUCGAUUAUAUUACGAUAUUGUUUUAAAGCAAAUGUUGCACCAGUGGCCAUAUUUGUCUUGUGAGAAAAUAUUUUUAAACAUUACUAUUGGUGUCUAGAAAUGUUUGGGCAUAUAAAAACAUUUUUUUUUUAAAGAGAAAUUUCAUAUUUGAGUGCUCCAAUUAGACUUUAGACUUUAAACGAAAUAUGUUCAAUGUUUUUUUUCUAAGUCACCAUUUACUUGUUUCUUGUUGAAGUAUUUUUAUUCAGCAAACACACGGUCAGUCUCCACGGUACGUAAACUCAAAAGUGAAACUCCUUGGUAUCUCAUUAACGUGAAAGAAAUUUAUAAAUGCAUUUAGUUUAAAAGUAUGAAGGUGCCUUUAGACUAAUUAAAAGUUAUGCCGAAGAGAGAUGUUUGAUAAAAUUUCUCAUUAAAU